AUGAAGAUAGACUCUAAGCCUACUGAAAAGAGCUCUUUAGUUGUCAAAAGAGAAGGAAACUCACCAGAAAACUCUAGCAACUCUUUAACAAAAAAAAAUGAAGGAGUCUCAUAGCAAAAAAGUACCUCCUCAAAGUCUGAUGAAAAAAUAGAUCCCAACCAACAUAUUUAUGAAGCAGUUUGGAGAAUAACUUUCUUAAUUAUGCUUUUUAUAGGUCUCGUAUUGGUAGAAAAAGUGUAUCGCUUUCACAAUGAUCCUGCCACUAUCCAUAUACCUAAAGGAUCCAUCUAUGAUUUCUAUAUUUCUGUUCUCACAGCAUGCGCAAUUGCCAUUAUCAGGUUCUUUAUUAAAAAAGUAUUUUAGAAAAAAAUCUAUGACCUGCUAGGAGAAAGAAGAAAGAAAACUUAUGAAGAAGGGAUGAAACGUGCUGACCAGCUAUGCAAAUGGUCAUUUGACAUUAUUUAUUAUACUUUAUCUACAGUUAUUGGCUAUCUAAUUGUAAAAAACUAAGCUUUUCUUCCUCCUACUAUGUUAGGGCAUGGAUAAUGCAGUAACCUCUUCAUGAAAUACCCUGAAGUUCCUUAGAUUCCAUAUCUUAGACUUUUCUAUUUAAUUUAAGCUGGUACCCAUCUCUACACCUUAGUCUUCUAGCUUAUAGCUAAACGCAAAGACCCUAAAUUCUACGAGUAUUCUCUUCACCACUUAUUGGCAAUGUUUUUAAUAUGGUUUUCUUACAUGAUGAAUUUCUUAAUCGUAGGUACAAUAGUCCUAAUCUUGCACGACCCCUGCGAUGUCUUCCUUGUAGCUGCUAGAGCCUACAAUGAUCUUAAAUGCAGAGUAAUGGCUUUCAAUGCUGUUCUUGUUUGUAUUUCUUAUCCUCUUUGGUUAUAUACCAGAAACUUUAUAUUCCCCUAAUGUGUCAUUAAGUCUUGCUAUGACUUUUUUAUAAACUUUGAUUUCGAAAAUCUUCCCAGAGACAUAUUUUUCCUUCCUUGCCUCUACAUGCUUGUGAUGCUUGGCGUACUAGCAGUUAUGCACAUCUACUGGGCAUACUUUUAUAGUAAAGCUGUAUUAACAUUCGUUUAAGGAAAAGAAAAAAAUGGCUACGAUUGA